AUGGAGACCCCGUGUGCAGUGUGCCGCGGCCCUGGCAGUACUGUUGCGUCGUGUCCGUGCGCUGGGCAUCGUGGUGAUGAGUCGCAGCCGACUGCGGCGGUCGAGCUCAUCUCGAAGCAGUUUCAGGCGUCAGAGCAGCAGCGCCAGUUGCACGCGGCACAGCAGCAUGCUGCCCAGAUACAGGCGGACACGCUGCCGGCGGACACCCCGAAAAACGGACCGCAGCGAGGAAGCUCGCCUGAUAGCGCGCCACAUGAGCGGACCGCGACAACCAUACACGACGACACUCAGAGAGCGACGCAUGCGCCUCUGCUGCGCGACCCAGCCAAGAACCCAUUGUUUGGCCAGGCCAGCUCCCAUCGCGAGACGGUCUUGACGAUGCAGGGCGGAGGCGCUGCUUGCGGGCCACUGCCCGCAACGGGCGUGGACCGCCACGCCCGCCAGGUGCGCGCCAACGUCCGAGUGAUCUCGGCGAUCGAACUUGCGACCGCCGACGAGUAUUACAGGCCCAACGCCCGCGGCACUGUGGCUGAGUCUGUGGUUGACUUCGUUAAUCGCCACCUCGGCUGCUAUCAUUCACGCCAGGUCGACCCCGCCAAUCCCGCGGUGUAUCGGGGCCGCGUGGAGGUGGCGAACAUCAGACUCUCCUGGAGCAAGUCGGCCGGGCUGUGGCGCAGCGUGCCCCUGUCCGGCGGUGCGCGAUUGACGCGGCCGGUGCACCCGGCGGAGACGCUAGAGUGCGCGUGGGAGCGGGGGAACUCCGCAGACAUCGACGCGGAGGAGAACGGGCCGGACACGCCGGAUGUGCCGCGGACGCCGACGGUCAAGUUCGACCUGCAGGUGAUGGACGAGCCCACUAUCGAGGAUAUCGUCGAGGAUAUCAUCUUCAGGGAGUUCGGCAUGCACUUCCCGAACGUCCAGGCCCAGGGGGCGCUUCCCGAGGAGGACGCCGCGAGCGCUGGGCCCUUCGCCGUCCUGGCCACAUGGGGCGAGGAAGUGUUCGAGAUGACCGCGCUCCAGCGGAUCGGGGACGAGAGGGGGGAGGCCGAGUCCUGA